AUGCCACAAUUAUUCAUUGAAAAACAAGCAAAAAUCUUUGCACUUCUCAAAGAAGGUUAUCAAUGCAAUAUCAUCAUAUCUAAAGAAGGUGUCCAUAAGUUUACAUUCACUAGAAUUCAUCAACGUAAAGAAGAGAUAGGGGCAUUGAUGUCCUCUGUAACUGAAGUAUUAAUUACCAAAAAGCCUAGUAUAAUUGCAUUAAUCGCUAGUGAUAGUGAUUAUAAACUAAUGAUAAUGCUUGCAUUAAGUAUAAUUGGAUAG